UUGCGGGAGGUGAGCUUCCGCUUCCGUUUUGCGGAGAGUCCUCCCGGCGCCGCCGCCGCCACUGCUGCCGCUUCUACCCUGUCCGCCGGGAGAGGCCCGGAGCCCCCGCGAGGGCCAUAGAGAGGGGCUGGGGUAGAGCGGUCUCCCUCCCCCUUGAUCUCUGGGCAUUGCCAGGGAGACGAGGGAGUCCGGGGCGGAGUCCUCCCUCAGGCUGGGCCAGGCCGAGGUUUCUCCAAAGGGACGGAGCCGUCGCCUCUGCCCGCUCCCUCCGUCCCCGCUGCCCGCCUGACCCGGAAUCCAGCGUGACGCCUCACCCCAGGUAGCCUUUGCCCAAGGAAGCUGCUCUGAACUCUGACCCGCCGGCCCCGGAGUGAUCUCUGACCUUCCUGCCUGCGUGACCUUUGAACCCAGCCCCCUACCCGAUCCAAGUGCCCCCCGCCUCACGAUCGCUGUUGGAAACCCCUCUUGGCCCGGGAAAGCCCCACUCCUGAAUCCCUCCCCCCUCGGUGGCCUGGCAAGCUCCCUCCACCGGCGGCGCUUGCAACCCCCCAACUUGUCAAGAUCCCCCCGUUUUCCAAAGGAGACCCCUGGCGAUGCCCCCUGGCUGGGGGAAGUGGGGAGGCGGAAGCACCUUCUCUGGACCCUGAGGCUCUUGGGGGUGAUACUGCUGCUGACUCCUUCGCCCGCCUAGAGCCUCUACUCACCUGGGGCUCAUAAAAGUGUGACCAAGAGAAAGUUGCCCGGAGGAUCUGCGGAAGAAGGGACACUGAGAUCGUUGUGCCCAGCUUGGUUCUCAUCCUGGAUGCAGGAGUGGGACCCUUUGCCUAUCAGCGCUGGCUUUGCCACGAAGCCUGUUGUUCUGGUGCUUGAGUUUUCAAGGCGCGUCUUGGAAUGGCUGCCAUGCCUGGAUGGCUUCGGAGGGUGCCCGCGGCACACUAGGGACCCUCAGCCAAGCAGCACCAGGGCGGCUGCGGUGGCCUCGCCCCUCGGGAAGCCAGCCGGGACCCGGGAGGCCACCUCUCCUGGCGUGAGCCGGGCCCGUCUCAAAGCCGUCAACGGGAAGCUUGGGGAAAGGGGAGGCCGCCCUCCCCGCUGCCCACUCUGACAGCCGCCGCCAUGUCGACCUCCUCGCUGCGCCGCCAGAUGAAGAACAUCGUGCACAACUACUCCGAGGCGGAGAUCAAGGUGCGGGAGGCCACGUCCAACGACCCUUGGGGCCCGUCCAGCUCCCUCAUGUCUGAAAUCGCAGACCUCACUUACAACGUGGUGGCCUUCUCCGAAAUCAUGAGCAUGAUCUGGAAGCGUCUCAACGACCACGGCAAAAACUGGCGUCAUGUCUAUAAGGCUAUGACUCUGAUGGAAUACCUGAUCAAGACGGGCUCGGAGCGGGUGGCGCAGCAAUGCAAGGAGAACAUCUACGCCAUCCAGACGCUAAAAGACUUCCAGUACGUUGACCGCGAUGGCAAGGACCAGGGAGUCAACGUGCGGGAGAAGGCCAAGCAGCUAGUGGCCCUCCUCAAAGACGACGAGCGUCUCAAGGAGGAGCGGGCCCAUGCCCUCAAAACCAAGGAGAAGCUGGCCCAGACUGCGACCGCUUCUUCAGCUUCCUCAUCUUUGGCAAAUGCCCCAGUGGAAGCGGAGCAGGCUUGGCCCCAGAGCAGCGGGGAAGAGGAGCUGCAGUUACAGCUGGCGCUGGCCAUGAGCAAAGAGGAAGCGGAGCAGGUAAGCGCCAAGCCCCCCUCACCGCCCUGCAAUUUGGGGAACAAACAUGGUAAUCAUGUUGAAGGGAGGGAAGAGCCAAUCUAUGGUGCUCGUGAGAGGAAAGGAAGUGGAUCAUCUCAGUUUGGGGAGUCGCAUGUCCUUCAGCAUGAAGGGCUGAAGCUCAGUGGCAGAGCACCUGCUUUGCAUGCAGAAGGUUCCAGGUUCAAUCCCUGGCAUCUCCAGCCCCCUGCAGUGGCCGACGAGGACCUACAGCUCCAGCUAGCCCUUAGCUUGAGCAAAGAGGAACACGACAAGGAAGAGCGGAUCCGGCGUGGGGAUGACCUACGACUCCAGAUGGCCAUUGAGGAGAGCAAAAAGGAGACGGUGCCUGCCAAGGAGGAGGUGAGGGUGGAGCAGUCAUCCCUCAUGGAUCUUGCAGAGGUCUUCACCGCCCCUCCCACUGCGGACCCCUGGGGCGGCCCUCCUGCUCCCGCUGACCCCUGGGGUGGCUCUGCCCCAGUUGUAUCCGCAGCUCCCACUGACCCAUGGGGACCAUCUGCUACCGGAGCAGCCCCUACAGGAGACCCGUGGGGGGCCUCUGCGGCGCCUCCUGCAGCCCCCCCAGACCCAUGGGGAGGUGCCCCGGCUGCAAGCAGUGACCCAUGGAAACCUGAAGGUGGAGGUUCCUCUGGGACCACGGCAGCACCACCCACAGAUCCAUGGUCAUCUGGACCAGCUCCCACGUCCCAAGGGAAACCAGCGCCCGAUCCUUGGGCUCCGGCAUCCACGUUUUCUGAUCCCUGGGGUGGCUCCCCUUCCAAGCCCAGCACGAACGGCACAGCAGCUGGCGGAGGCUUUGAGCAGUUUGGCAGCCCCGGGGAUGGGGACGAGUUCUCUGAUUUCGACAGCCUGCGCCCAGCACUGCCCAAAUCCGGGAGCAGCACAGGUGAGCUGUCCCUCUUAGCCGGGGAGGUGCCCAUUUGCCGACCCGGCAGUGGCACUGACAGCCCCAACACUUUUGACAUGGCCUCCAUGGGCGGGUCGCUGCCCGAGAUCUCCAAGCCAACGCGGAAGACCCCCGAGUCAUUUCUGGGCCCCAACGCUGCCCUCGUCGACCUGGACUCCCUGGUCAGCAAGCCUUCUACUGCCUCUAGCAUUGCAAAGGCCUCCAACCCCUUCUUAGCCCCUGGUUCAGCCCCAGCCCCAGCCGCGUCUGCCUCAACUACAAACCCCUUCCAGGCGACGGCCACUGCCCCGCUUUCGCUCAACCAGCUCCGCGUCAGUCCGGUCCUCCCUUUGUCUCAGCCGGCGCCCCCUGCCUUCCCUGCCGCAGCUCCUAUGGUCUCUGUCUCCCCCAUGGCCCCCGGGAUGCCCUUGGCCUCCGUUUCCCCCAUGGUGGGGGUGCAGCCUUUGGGCGCUGUCCCGACUAUGGGGCUCCCUGCCAUGGGCCUGCCCCCUCAGAGCCUGCCGCCCACUGGCGUCGUCCCCAGCAGCACCUCAGCCGCCUCCAUGGGCAGCACCAACCCCUUCUUGCUAUAAUCAGGGGGAUCUUUUAGCUCUGUGGGGAUGACACCCCAUUGUCAACCCCCACAUUCCCAGUUUGCAAAGGGGGGCCCUUAGUUUCCACCCACAAAACGGGGCAGCCGGGAAGGCGGGGGGAGGGAGAAGGAAGGGAAGAGACUUAAGUCCUUAUUGCGAGCUCCUCCACCCCCAUGUUGGGGGUAGGGUGGACUUAAUUUUUUCUCUUUUUGGUUUUGGUUUGGGGGCUUAAUUGAAGAGCUCCUCCUUCCCCCCUCCCCCGCUGCUCUUCAGGGCAGCUGGGAGACCCCAUUUCUGCUGUCCUCUGUCGGCAGCAGGGGCAGCUCCCUUCUCUAACUCAAGUUGAGGUUUCAGCGUCACAUUUGAGGGGAGGGAACUACGAACCAACAACAGAUCUAGAGUUGUGGGGGGCGUUGAGGGGUGUGUGCGUGGGUCUUCUCCAAAGGCAGGUGGUUGUUGUUGCUGUUCUUUGUGCCCUCUCCCGUAUUGGCCACAGAAACCCUUCCCAUGUUGAAAGGCGAGGGGGGAUUAUCCUAUUUUGGUCAACCCCUCCCACACCUUCCUUCAUAAGUCUCUCUCUCUCUUUCUCUCUCUCUUCCCUUUUGCAGAAGGGAUGGAGGAAGAGAAGUGGCCAUGUGCCUCUACCUGCCUCCCAGGCCCUUCCAAACAAAGAGACAGAUGGACACUGUCCUUUUAAAUUAUGAUUUUAUUUUGGUAGGCACUCCCCCACUUCCCUUCCAGAUGUUUGGUUACAUCUCCAUCCCCUCCUGCCCCACCCCUGUGCUGGGACCAGCCCUUCUCUGCCUCUUCUUUUUUUUUCCACUAAGGGGGUGACGUCAGUGAAUCCCCUUCACUACACCUGGGAACGGUUGAGACACUGGGAAUACUUGUCUCUUCCGUCUCCGGGGCCAGGCGGGAUACCACUAAUCUGCGGUCAGAGACCAAAAGCUGGAUCUGGAAAGGGGGGCCGGACCAUCAUUCCUCACAGGGCGACGAGGCCACCGCUACACUUUGCCGCCUGCCCUCUGCAGACUCCCGGGCCGAAGGGAGCCACCAUGUUUCUUUCGUUUUGCAAGGAUCGUGGAGCCCUAUCGGCGCAUCACACCUCUGGGGGUGGGGACUUGGAACAGCCAACACAGCCUGCUGUGAAGAAGGAACCUGGAAGCCAUCGGAGGAUCGAUACUCUUGAGAACCUUAAAAAAAGAAAACGUUUUCCAACAGCAACGUGUCCGGGGAGGGAGGGGGGGGACUAUUGCAGAAUUUGAGUCUCUCUCUCUCUCUUGGCCUGCUUUGUGGAAGCCCAGAAACAGCCAAAGGCCCCCUGCCAGAUGUGGAGCGGCAGGGGAUCUGUAAAGCCCAGCCGCCCUUCUCCAUUUCUGGACUGCAGCAGGCCAGGGUGAGGACUCGGAUGAUGAGUGUGGACAAAGCAACAACGUCCCUGCGGAAGAGGAAAUUCUCCCUCUCCCUCUCUUUCUCUUAUGCCAACAGUGCGCACUGCUUGAAAAGGGAGCCGGGGGGGGGGAGAGAGAGGAGAGGACAAGCAGCCACACCCACAACCCGUGGACCCCACUUUGCAGCACUCUUCGCACAGGGGGUGAUCAAAUGCAGUCUGAGCCGUCCACUCUCCACACGUGACCUACUUUUCUCCCCUUCCUGCUGCAACCUCCCCCUUUGUGUGCAUGUGUAGGGUUUUUUGCGGGGUUGGGGGUGUUGCUCCCACUGCUGACCCACUUGAGACCCCAGAGAGGACGUGCCAUCUUUGACUUGUAAAACAGCGGAGUCCUCCGUCCGUUCCGACAGCGCAGCACAGCGAAGAAGCCCCCACCGUUCUUCAAGACUUGUUGAAGGAGGGAGGGAGGGGGGGAGAUGGGUAGGUGGGCUGAUUCUGGUCCUUUGGGAGCCAACAGCUUGUGGGGAAAGGGAGGGUCCGAGGCUGCGUGUGCGUGUUUGUGUGCGUGUGUGCGUGUAUGUGUAUAUGUGUUGCUGCUGUAAGUGAUUGUCGAUUCUUAUUUUAUGCUACGGGGGUGGGGGCGCUUACUCAUUAGCACCCAGGACAAUCUGCUAAAUCCCUCAUUCUUCCCCCACCCUCUGCCACCCCAAAUCUCUUGCAAUUGUGUUUCUAAAGUGGGUGGGACAUCCUACAUCUCCCUGCUGCUGCUGCCGCCACCCCCACCCCCCAAAAAAACCCCCAAUCAUGCCAGGGGAUAAUUUUCUCCCGACACCAGUCAGUAUAUUUGCAGAAUCAUUGUGUCAUUGGUCAAGGGGUUGGGGUGGGGAAGAGUGGCUGUAUGUGACCCUCCCCCUCUUGGCUCUACCCCAUCCCUUCCGUUAUCUUCCCCACCCCGACCCCCAAGCCUACCCUGGUAUGCAUCAGAAAAAUGCUAUUAAUGAAAUGAAAUAAAUGGAAAUUCUUCUAUGGCACCCAAA